UUGAUUGUGGCCUCGUCCGAACACGCACAGUGUUCGCACGCUCUCUGAAGUGUGGGCUGGGCGAGGGAUUUGUUUCUGUCUCUAGUUUUUUUGUUUUUGUUUUCCCCCAGGCCGGCCUCUGCCCGCUGUUCCCGCGGUCCCUCCCACCUCUGGGCCGCCGUGGGUACGUUCCUAGCUGCCACGCUGUCCCUUUUUCCCCGGGCUUGCGGUAAUGUGGCAGUGUGUCCGCACCCUCCGAGAGCUCGGGGCCAAAGCAGGCUGGAGGCUGCCCUCAGCAGCAGGGACUGUCCCCAGGAGACGGAGGACUCCCUUCAGGCAGGGCCUGUACUGCUGCUGCCAGACCGGAAGCCCCCACCUGCGGGACUCUCCACGACCUGGGGACAGAGGGGGACGGACGUGUGGCUGUCCCGGUUCCUCAGAAAGACUCUUUCUUCCUGGAGAGAAGCCUCCCUGGGUUCCCAGCUGAGAACAUAGUUUUUUCCCUGAGCAGAGGCCGGGCCGCGCCUCCGCCGCCGCCAUGAACCACUCGCCGCUCAAGACCGCCCUGGCCUACGAAUGCUUCCAGAACCAGGACCACUCGACGCUGGCGCUGCCCUCGGACCAGAAGAUGAAGAUGGGCACGUCGGGCAGCCAGCGCGUACAGCAGCAGGUGAUGAUGACGGCCAAGCGGCAAAAGUCCAAGUCGUCGCAGUCGUCCACCCUGAGCCACUCCAACCGAGGCUCCAUGUACGACGGCCUGGCUGACGGCUACAACAACUACAACAACUACGGGACCGCGCGGAGCAGCUACUACUCCAAGCUGCAGACGGGGAACGGCUCGUGGGGCUACCCGAUCUACAAUGGGACCCUCAAGCGGGAAGCGGACAACCGGCGCUUCAGCUCCUACAGCCAGAUGGAGAACUGGGGCCGCCACCACCCGCGGAGCAGCUGCCACGCGGGCAGCGACAUCUGCUUCAUGCAGAAGAUCAAGGCCAGCCGCAGCGAGCCCGACCUCUGCUGCGACCCGAGGGGCACCCUGCGCAAGGGCACGCUGGGUGGCAAGGGCCACAAGACCGCCCAGAGCCGCUACAGCUUCUACAGCACCUGCAGCGGGCAGAAGGCCACCAAGAAGUGCCCGGGGCGCCCGCCCUCCUGCAUCUCCAAGCAGGAACCGGUGUGCAUCCCGCCCACCUCCUGCAACAAGGACAUGUCCUUCAGCCACUCCAGGGCCAGCUCCAAGAUCUGCAGCGAGGACAUCGAGUGCAGCGGGCUGACCAUCCCCAAGGCCGUGCAGUACCUGAGCUCCCAGGACGAGAAGUACCAGACCAUUGGGGCCUAUUUCAUCCAGCACACCUGCUUCCAGGAUGAGUCGGCCAAGCAGCAGGUCUAUCAGCUGGGCGGCAUCAGCAAGCUGGUGGACCUCCUGCGCAGCCCCAACCAGAACGUGCAGCAGGCGGCAGCCGGUGCCCUGCGCAACCUGGUGUUCCGGAGCAGCACCAACAAGCUGGAGACCCGGAGGCAGGGGGGCAUCCGGGAGGCCGUCAGCCUCCUGCGGAGGACGGGGAGCACCGAGAUCCAGAAGCAGCUGACCGGGCUGCUCUGGAACCUGUCUUCCACGGACGAGCUGAAGGAGGAGCUCAUCUCCGACGCCCUGCCCGUCCUGGCCGACCGCGUCAUCAUCCCCUUCUCCGGCUGGUGUGACGGCAACAGCAACGUGUCCCGGGAAGUGGUGGACCCUGAGGUCUUCUUCAACGCCACCGGCUGCCUGAGGAACCUGAGCUCCGCCGACCCCGGCCGCCAGACCAUGCGGAACUACUCAGGGCUCAUUGACUCCCUCUUGACCUACGUGCAGAACUGCGUGGCGGCCAGCCGCUGUGACGACAAGUCCGUGGAGAACUGCAUGUGUGUGCUGCACAACCUGUCCUACCGCCUGGACGCCGAGGUGCCCACCCGCUACCGGCAGCUGGAGUACAGCCACCGCAACACACACACGGACAAGUCCUCCACCGGCUGCUUCAGCAACAGGAGUGACAAGAUGAUGAACAACAACUAUGACUGCCCCCUCCCCGAGGAAGAGACCAACCCCAAGGGGAGCGGCUGGCUGUACCACUCGGACGCCAUCCGCACCUACCUGAACCUCAUGGGCAAGAGCAAGAAGGAUGCCACACUGGAGGCCUGCGCGGGGGCCCUGCAGAACCUGACAGCCAGCAAGGGGCUGAUGUCCAGCGGCAUGAGCCAGCUGAUCGGGCUGAAGGAGAAGGGGCUGCCGCAGAUCGCCCGCCUGCUGCAGUCGGGCAACUCCGACGUGGUGCGCUCCGGGGCCUCCCUGCUGAGCAACAUGUCUCGUCACCAGCCGCUGCACAGCCUGAUGGGGAACCAGGUGCUCCCGGAAGUGGCCCGGCUCCUCGCCAGCCAUUCCGGCAACACCAGCAACUCGGAGGACAUCCUGACCUCGGCCUGCUACACCGUCCGGAACCUGAUGGCCUCGCAGCCGCAGAUGGCCAAGCGGUUCUUCUCCAGCAGCGUGAUCAACAACGUCGUCAACCUGUGUCGCAGCAGCACCUCGUCCAAGGCCGCAGAAGCCGCCCGGCUCCUCCUGUCCGACAUGUGGUCCAUCAAGGACAUUCAAAACAUCCUCAGACAGCAAGGGUUCGAUCGGAACAUGCUGGGGACCUUAGGCGGGGCCAACAGCCUCCGGAACUUCACCUCCCGCUUCUAAGAGAGGGCUGCCUGAACAGGAUCAGCUUGCAGACGCCUCACGACCCCAAGGAGGGGCCUCAGGCCUGGCCGGAGGGUGGCUCUGGCCACCUGGGCAGUAUUUGGACACGUUCAAAACAACCGGAACAAACCUGGAAGCUGCCGAAGAUGAAACUAUUUUUAGAUUCUUUUUUUU